AUGAAGGGUCAUGGCCUUUUGCAGCAGAAAGACCUAUCCUGCACCUCGCCUGUCAUCUCCACCAAUCCCAGAACCUCAUCUCAGGAGGAUGGCGAAGUUCAACCAAUAGAAACCUUUAGAGAGGCUUUAGGCAACGCCUCCCUGGGGAUGUCUGACCAACAGGGGAAUGCUGUUGAUCUGAAGUGUAACAUCACACACUCCUCACAGACUCCUGACAUUACCCCACCACACCUUUCCUCCUCCUCCAUCCCCAUCUCCCUCUCCCUGGACUGUGGGGUGGAUGGGCAUGGCUAUGAGAGGCUGUGGAGGCUGCUGGCCUACUACAGUGAGACGCCUGUCAGGCUUCAAAGAGAAAUAAUGUUGAGUAAAGCCCCAAGACUUGCCUACAGGUACAGACAGACAGCAGAGAAGGAGGGCUACUACCAUACAGGGGUCAAGGCCAGUAUUCAAGCCCAGCCUGCCUGGUUACUGCAGCCCCAUGUCAGUCUAGAGCUCAACAGAGCUCAGUCCAGCGCCCACAGGGUUAAACUGACCCUGUCCACCCUGGUGUCUGCUCCCCCAGACCCCCCAUCCCCACACUCCUGGGUCCUCAUCCAGACCAACCACACCCACACAGCUUUUACUGCCGCUGCAGAGAGACAGAUCCACCUGCCCUGCCCUGUCCUCAGCUCUAUUGGAGACCUAAGCUCUGGAGACCACAGGCUCCAAUGGGUUUUCCCAGAUGGUUCAACAGUCUCCUCUCCCUACCGCAGCUCAGAUGGUAGGGUCCGGGUGUCUGGCCAGGGGCUGGUCCUGCAGAGAGUGUAUCACUCUGAUGCUGGACUGUACUAUUGCGUGGCCCGGGCGGGGGGAGAUGUUGAUGUCCUCCCCCUCCGUCUGGCGGUGGUAGAAUCAUCCAAUCCUUUCCCAGGGGAGGAGCUAGGCCCGGCUGUGACUGGAUUGGUUGGAGAACCUGUCAGUCUGCCGUGCGAGGCCUCUGGUACACCGAGGGUUGAGGUGAACUGGGUUCUUCCUGGCGGGAGAGUGGUAGGGAGUAGGAACGAGGGGAGGAGAAAGGACGAGGCAGGGGUUACUGUCUUGGGCAACGGUACCCUGUCUCUCCCCAUCCCUGCGCUGGGAGAUGCAGGCCUGUACCGGUGUGUAGCGGUGAACCAGUACGGUGCUGACUCUCUCUCCACCAGACUGACGCUCACCCCGCGUCCUUCUGGCACCUCAUCACGUAUGAGACAUCCCAUGAGGCCACAAUCUGCGGCGGGGGUGUCCAACAGGGUACGAGCCUCUCUAGGGGGUGAGGAAAUUGAAGAGGGGGGGUCAGGAGAUGAUGAGGGGGAGAACAUACUGCCCACUAGGGCAGGUUACAACAGGAUAUGGCGUCCCCCCAUCAGAUCCCACAUGGUGAGGGUGGAGGGAAGCAGACCACCCCAAAAGGGCAAGAAGCCCUUGAGGAGAGGCUUCCCUGUGGAGCAGAGGAGGAACAGGUUGGAGGGUCGGCGGAGCUUUAACCUGGCCAAGCACAAAAUAGACCCUCAGAAAUGGGCUGACCUGCUGACUAAGAUACGUGAAAGGACUGCCCCUAAAAUCACAGACUCCCUGUAUGUACCACCCCCAACAAGAGCACAUACUACCACCUCAACCCCAACUGAAGCACAUACUACCACCUCAGCCCAAACUGAAGCACAUACUACCACCUCAACCCCAACUGAAGCACAGACAACCACCUCAACCCCAACUGAAACACCCACCUCAACCCCAACUGAAGCACAUACAACCACCUCAACCCCAACUGAAGCACAGACACCCACCUCAACCCCAACUGAAGCACAGACAACCACCUCAACCCCAACUGAAGCACAGACCCCCACCUCAAUCCCAACUAGAGCACAGUCAACCAGAAUACAGACAAAUAGCAGACAUACAGAAAGCAAUCACACAACCAGAACAAAUCCAGGCAGCACACAGCCAGAAAGUACACAGCCAGACAGCAGACAUAAAACCAGAAGAAAGCCAGGCAGCACACAGCCAAGUAGCACACAGCCAGACAUAAUACAGACAGAGAGAAUACAGACAACUAAAACACAGACAACCAGAAUACUUACAGACACGACAUUACCAAACAGCACACCAGAGGUAAGCGUGGGAAGAAACUCUGAUCAACGUCUUGUAUUGGACUCAGGGGCUGAUACCUCAAAGAGUUCUUCCAUAGAUGUCCUCAGUCUACAGGAAGAGUGGUUAAACCUCAUCCAUACAUCACUAAUCCCAGAUCUGCUAACAAAGGAUAGAGUGGCCCCAGAGACACCAAACACUUCAGAUCCGAGCAAUAACUUCCCCCAGAAACCUAAGUCAAACACAGACACAGAGACAUGGACAGAAACAGAGACAGAGGGUUCUCUUAAAAGCACAAAGCCAACCUCCAAUGUCAAUUCCACUAGCGCAGAGGAAAGGAGACAGAGUGUUAUCCCUGUAAGGACUACAGGUGAGGGGGAGAGGACUGGAACAACAAACUCUGGAAAGGUAAUGUUCUCCAACUCUGUUCCGUCGCGACCCAGAAGCCCCUGGAAUGCCAGCAAUAGGCCUGGCCAGAGGAGACGCAUCAACAGACUCAGAGGACGACCCAUGCCCCCAGGUCCAACCUCCCCUCUCCAGAAUAACUUAAGUCCCACUACCACCAGAGCAGCAUUUACAAAGCCCAGGAAACUGACAGCACCUGCUACAACCAUUACUAUAAGCACUACUACUACUACUACUACUACUACUACUCCAUCCUUAACUAGGAUCACUGCUCCAUCAAGCACAUCUAUCUACCCCCCUGUCUUCCUUUCUGCCUCACCCCCUCCGCCCCAGACAUACACAGACAGGGUGACUCACUUAACAAACACUGCUGCUCGGCUCCCUGACAGGUCCCAAGCGACUAUCACACACACACGCACACACACUAGCAUACACACAGGCAAACAUACACCCACAGUCACUCACAGUCACACAGAAAAACAGAGGUAUGCUAUAACAGAGGGUCAGGUCGGGGCCACUCUAAAAGAACAGGAUCCAUCUGUCUUCAACCAGCACAACCCAGAGGAUAUCAAAGCAACUACCACUCAGUCUGGAACCACACCAGGUGGAACAACACCUACUGGUACUGAGAAAGAACCCAGUGAGAUAGAAUCCAGUGAGAUAGAACCACUCUACCCAGAAACCAAGGAAGAACUCAGUGAGAUAGGACCACCAGAAACUGAAAAAGAACCCAGUGAGAUAGAACCACCAGCAACUGAUGAAGAAGAACCCAGUGAGAUAGAUCCACCAGCAACUGAUGAAGAAGAACCCAGUGAGAUAGGACCACCAGCAACUAAUGAAGAAGAACCCAGUGAGAUAGAUCCACCAGCAACUGAUGAAGACGAACCCAGUGAGAUAGAUCCACCAGCCACUGAAAAAGAACCCAGUGAGAUAGAACCAUCAGCAACUAAUGAAGAACCCAGUGAGAUAGAACCACCAGCAACUGAUGAAGAACCCAGUGAGAAAGAACCACUUUACCCAAUCACUGAAGAAGAACCCAAUAAUAUAAAACCAGUCUAUCUAGCACCUGAUGAACCAGAGGAGAGACAGCCAGAGUCAGAAAUAGACAGCUCUUUUUCAUCUACAAAACAACUACUGCCCCCAACUACAGCUAAUACAGCAGCUAUCACUGCUUCAGCCAUCACCUCCUCUACAGCCAUCACCUUUAUUAGAAGAACUACCACUAUAACUAUUCCUACAACUACUACCACUAUUCCUACAACUACUACCACUAUUCCUACAACUACUGCUACUAUUCCUACAACUACUACUACUAUUCCUACAACUACUACCACUAUACCUACAACUACUACCACUAUUUCUACAACUACUACUACUAUACCUACAACUACCACCACUAUUCCUACAACUACUACUACUAUACCUACAACUACUACCACUAUACCUACAACUACUACUACUAUACCUACAACUACUACCACUAUACCUACAACUACUACCACUAUACCUACAACUACUACCACUAUUCCUACAACUACUACUACUAUUCCCACUACUACUACCACUAUUCCUACAACUACUACUACUAUUCCCACUACUACUACCACUCUUACUAGUACAAUAGUCUGGAGGAACCCAGGAGUAAACUCCAUCCCAGACUCACAUGGUAGUCGCUACCGCCCCCCAUCUUACCCCACCUACUCACAACACUCCAGCAGGCGGCACCCCUAUGUCAUCACUAGGCCUGACCCAGUAAGAACUCCACUUCAAACACCACCCCCUAUAAAACACACACCCUCUCUACCACACCCUAUCAAGCCCAAACUUCUUCUCCCAGACAUUUUAGAGAUCCCUUCCUCUGUAGUCCCCACCACCAGAGCUCCCUUCAGCUCCCCAAAGACCUCCCCACCCACCACAGACAGUCAGGCUGGACUCAACCCUGAGUCCACCCUUCCUCAUUCCUCUCCCGCAUCUCCAGCCCAUAGUGUGACUGCCCAACGCCCCCCUCAGACCUUCGUCUUGCGUGUCCGGCCCCGUAUCGCUCACCCUCACAUGCGCCCCAUGUCUGUCCCAGCUGAGAUUGAUGCCCUCCUGCCCUGUGAGGCCAUUGGACAGCCUCCUCCAACAAUCACCUGGACCAAGGUAUCCACAGGAGCUGUGAUGUCACUGGACUACAAGGCAGAGCGUUUCCAGGUCCUACCCAACGGAACCUUUCUCAUCCGGAGCGUGCAGGUCCAGGACCGGGGGACAUAUAUCUGCAUCGCACAAAACUCUGUGGGCCUGGACCGUGCCAUGGUGACCCUGGAGGUCUGGUCCCACCCACCCCGGAUUCAGUUACCCAACCACAGAGAUGCAACGGUGCGCCAGGGGGGUGAGGUGAGGUUAGAGUGUCGGGCUCAGGGGGUGCCGGUUCCUCUGCUGUCCUGGGUGCUACCUGACCUCUCCGUCCUAACCCCUGACCCUAACCCCAACCCUGCCCUUGGAACUCACCCCCGGGUGUCUAUAUUCCCUAAUGGUACUCUGCGUAUCUUGGUGGCCGGCCCAGCAGACAGAGGACUGUAUCGCUGUGUAGCCUCCAACCUAGCAGGGGCUGGCAGUCUGUCAGUCCGACUCCAUGUGUCAUCUCUUCCUCCAGCCAUCCAGGAGCCCAGAGAGGAGAACGUAACCCGGCCCGCUGGUUUGCCUCUCUACGCCCAAUGCUCUGCCCGGGGAGCUCCCCCUCCCUCCAUCCGCUGGAGGACACCUGACGGCACCUUUCUGCUCCCCUCUCAAUUCCUCAACGGGAACCUGUUUGUCCUCCCCAAUGCCACCUUGUUGAUACGCAAGCUAGCCACUAAGGACUCUGGGAGCUACGAGUGCCUAGCGACUAAUGCGGUGGGCGGGGAUAAGAGGACGGUGAGGGUGGAGGUGACUGGAGAUGGAGGAGGAGGAGAAGUUGUCUCCAUGGAUAAAAUGACCUUCUCUUCCAUCAACAGUAAAUUUGAUCUCCGCCCCUCCUCCCCCGUCCUUAACCCUCCCCUCCCACCCUCCUCCCCCCUCAGUAAGGCUAGGAUCCUCUCCACCUCUCCAUCCAGUUCUAUAGUCGUAUAUGGUGAAUCUCUGCUCCUUUACUGUUCAGCAACCGGCAACCCAGAGCCUAGAGUGGUCUGGAGGGUACCUGGCAAGAAACUAGUGGAUUCCCGUUACAGUUUUGACAAGAGGAUAAAGGUGCACAGUAAUGGAACGCUGUAUAUCCAGUCCGUGACGGAGAAAGACGGGGGGGACUAUUUAUGUGUCGCGCGAAAUAAGAUGGCUGACGACUUCCGCCUCCUCCAGGUCACCGUGGCAACAAAGCCUGCUAAGAUUGAGCCAAAGCAGCCAUCAACUCAGAAGGUGGUAUCGUACGGAGCAGCUCUAAAGGUAGACUGUCUGGCGACCGGCCAGCCCGACCCCGCGGUAAGAUGGAGCCUCCCAGAUGGAACCUCAGUGAAAAGUGUCCUGUUCCAGGUGGAAGAGAGUGGGAGGCGCAGCCGGCGACUGGUGGUUUUUGACAAUGGAACACUGUUCAUCCCCUCGGUGGGGAUGGGGGAGGAGGGGGAGUAUGUUUGCCACGCUGAGAACCAUGGGGGGAGGGACACUAUGAGUGUGAUGGUCAAAGUCCUCGCCUCACCUCCCUACUUCACCAGUACCAAAUAUGAGGUCAUCAAGGUGCAACAAGGGGGCGCAGUGGCUCUGAACUGUGGGGCUAAAGGAGAGCCUGUUCCUACGAUCACAUGGCUCUCUCCAAUGAAUCGUGUCCUCCCAGUGGAAGCAUCAGGUCCGGUUGUGGUGCAGCAAGACGGGUCCUUGGUGAUCCAGGGGGCUAGAGGGGCUGAAGGAGGAAACUACACCUGCCGAGCCAGCAAUGCUGCUGGGGAGAGGAGCAAGGUGAUGGGGGUGGAGGUGAUGGUGACACCACCCAGCUUCACUCUCAAUGGGGCUGGGGGUGGGAUCAAUGGGGCAGACAGACAGAUAGCUGUUGUUAGUGGUAGUGGACUGAGUGCUGUGAUCUCCAUCAGUCAGUCUGCAGGAAGGGAUCAUAGGGUCAGUGCAGGUAAUUGUGUCAGUAAUAAUGGAGACUGUAAAGUAGGGGACCAAAGGGUCUCAGCAGUUAGAGGCCAGACAGUUCUUCUGCCAUGUCCAUCCCAGGGCUUCCCUCUCCCCCGCCUGGCCUGGUUGCUGCCCGGUAACGGGGUUCUCCCGGUGCCCUACUAUGGUAGCAGACUCACCGUGCACCGCAAUGGAACCCUGGAGCUGAGGGGGGUGAGGGCAAGCGACUCCGGCAUGCUGGUGUGUGUCAAUCGUGGCGAGAGGGGUGAGGCUCAGAUAAUGGUACACCUGGAGGUCUCAGACACAAAGGACACACCUCACUCCAGAGGCCCAGUGACCACCGAGAAACCUUUCCCAGUAGGCCCAGUUAGCAAAGAGCAACCUCGCCCAGUAGGCCCAGAACAAACUCAUCCAGUAGUCCCAGUCAGCAGAGAGAAACUUCGCUCAGAAGGCCCAGACAGAGAGGAGACACCUCACCCCAGAGGCCCAGUGACCACAGAGAAAUCUCGCCAGGAGACACCUCGCCCCAGAGGCCCAGUGACCACAGAGAAAUCUCGCCAGGAGACACCUCGCCCUACAAGCCCAGUCACCAAUGAGAAACCUCACUUAGGAGGCCCAGUCAGCACAGAGAACCCUCUGCCAGGAGUCCCAGUCCAAGGGGACACACCUCACCCAAGAGGCCCAGUGCCAGAGGCAGGGAGGAGUGUUGUCCUGGAAAGGAAGCCUGUGGUCACCAGCAUAUCAGGCUCUCUGGUAAGCAUCAUCAACGGAGACAAUCUACAGCUACCCUGCCCCCAGACAGACAGCCCCAGUCAGGGUUCCAGCCAGACAGAGUCUCUGACCUGGAAGUUGCCAAGCGGGGUGGUCGUGUCUCGGGGCCAGGCGGCAGGGACGGGUCGGUACUCAGUCCUGGAUGACGGGACUCUGACGGUGCAGCAGGUAUCUGUGUUUGACAGGGGGACCUACUCCUGCCGAUUCACCAACCAGGACACAUCAUCUAUCCUGACAGUUCCAGUGAUUGUGAUUGCCUACCCCCCUCGCAUCACCAACGGACCCCCUCCCCUCACCUACACCCGUCCUGGUGUUGCCGUUCAGCUAACCUGCUACGUCAUAGCAACCCCCAGAGCGACCAUCACCUGGGAGAUGCCGGACCAAUCCCAGCUCAGGGUCACAGGUCAGGCCCGUCUCUAUGGCAACCGGUACCUGAGUCCACAGGGUUCCCUGGUGAUCCAGAACCCGACCAGCAGAGACACAGGUUUCUACCGUUGUUCUGCACGGAACGUCAUCGGAACUGACACCAAAGCCUCUUAUCUACAUGUGAUCUAACAGAACACACACAUCAUUUUUGCCCAAAGAAACUGCAAAGUUGAGUGUAGAAGAUACUGUUCAACUAAAGACUGAGGUGUUGAUUAAGGAUUGUAAAUAGAGAUAAAAACAAACACAUGCAUCUUACAGCCAGAGUGUGUUAAAGAUGUACAUGAAAUCAGCAGCUGAGAAGCACCAGCAUCCAUCAUCAAUAAAUAAAGUGUCAACACAAACUAUACCAGGCUUUAAGAGCAUCAGCUCUCAAAACACGUCAUGCAAUACAACACAUUCAGCUCUGUAUCACAACCUGUAUGUUUAUGUCAACCUGCCCUAUUUAUCUUGUUGUAUAGUUGUGUAGUGUUGAGCAGAGCAACUGGUUGAUAGUGGUCACAGAACUGCUCUAGUGAUAGUUCUGUGGAGCCUCAGGAGUCUGCAGCUCUCUGUGUCUGCAGCUCUCUGUGUCUGCAGCUAUCUGUGUCUGCAGCUCUCUGUGUCUGCAGCUCUCUGUGUCUGCAGCUCUCUGUGUCUGCAGCUCUCUGUAUCUGCAGCUCUCUGUGUCUGCAGCUCUCUGUGUCUGCAGCUCUCUGUGUCUGCAGCUCUCUGUGUCUGCAGCUCUCUGUGUCUGCAGCUCUCUGUGUCUGCAGCUCUCUGUGUCUGUAGCUCUCUGUGUCUGUAGCUGCAACCCUGCAACCUCGACCACUCUUCCAGUCAUAGGCUAUACAUACGUCCCAGAUCAUGUCAAAUAAACACAACAGUUACCAAGUCUUUGAAGAUGGUAUUUGUAGUAAUUACAUAUGUUUCAUAUAGAGUAGCAUAGAUUUUUGUGUGGCUCCAGUGUUACAUUAAGUAUGUGUAAUAUCCAUGUGAAAGCUGAUAUCAUGUUUUCAUUUCAUUUAAAUUAUUCUGUCUGUGAAGACUGUGAUGUAAAGUUGUUAUGUUGUGCCUCUUGUCAUAGAGAGAGAGAGAUGUACUGCAUAUCUAAUCUCUCAAUAGCCUUUUUAAGUUAUGCUUUAUUUUCAACUGCUUUAUUUGAGAAAUAAAAGAGAAAAGGAAUUCAA